GGGGUUGCAGCACGCGCUAGCAUAAAAUCCUCCGAUUCGGUAACUUCAUUGCAGUCAAGCUACGACACUACACAGUGCAGCAGCUACUAUCAGGUCUCCUGAACGGGUAACCGCCUUCACACAGAAAAUGGAAGACGAAAUCGCUGCCCUUGUUGUAGACAAUGGAUCUGGAAUGUGCAAAGCUGGCUUUGCAGGAGACGAUGCUCCACGUGCUGUCUUCCCCUCCAUUGUUGGUCGUCCCAGGCAUCAGGGUGUAAUGGUUGGCAUGGGCCAGAAGGACAGCUAUGUUGGUGAUGAGGCCCAAAGCAAAAGGGGAAUCCUGACUCUCAAAUACCCCAUUGAGCAUGGUAUUGUGACAAACUGGGAUGAUAUGGAGAAGAUCUGGCAUCACACCUUCUACAAUGAGCUGAGAGUUGCCCCUGAAGAGCACCCAGUCCUCCUGACAGAGGCCCCCCUGAACCCUAAGGCCAACAGGGAGAAGAUGACCCAGAUCAUGUUCGAGACCUUCAACACUCCUGCCAUGUAUGUUGCUAUCCAGGCAGUUCUGUCCCUGUAUGCCUCUGGUCGUACCACUGGUAUUGUCAUGGACUCAGGUGAUGGUGUGACACACACCGUGCCCAUCUACGAAGGCUAUGCUCUGCCCCAUGCCAUCCUAAGGUUGGACCUGGCUGGCAGGGACCUCACAGACUACCUCAUGAAAAUCCUGACUGAGAGAGGUUACAGCUUCACCACCACAGCUGAGCGUGAAAUUGUGCGAGACAUUAAAGAGAAGCUAUGCUACGUCGCACUGGACUUUGAGCAAGAAAUGGGAACUGCUGCCUCCUCUUCAUCACUGGAGAAGAGCUAUGAGCUGCCUGAUGGACAGGUCAUCACCAUUGGAAACGAGAGGUUUCGCUGCCCUGAGUCCCUCUUCCAGCCUUCAUUCCUUGGUAUGGAGUCUUGCGGUAUUCAUGAGACAACCUUCAACAGCAUCAUGAAGUGUGACGUGGACAUCCGUAAGGACCUGUAUGCCAACACUGUCCUGUCUGGAGGUACGACCAUGUACCCUGGCAUCGCUGACCGUAUGCAGAAGGAGAUCACAGCUCUGGCACCCACCACCAUGAAGAUUAAGAUUAUUGCUCCUCCAGAGAGAAAGUACUCUGUAUGGAUUGGAGGCUCCAUCCUGGCUUCCCUGUCUACCUUCCAGCAGAUGUGGAUCAGCAAGCAGGAGUAUGAUGAGUCUGGUCCCAGCAUUGUUCACAGGAAGUGCUUCUAAAUGGACUGUCGGUUUUUGUCCCCUCAUUCAAAAACAACACUGCUCAAACGGGCUCUGCAUAUCUACACCAACACCUCUUCCGUUCUGUUGUCACUCUGGCUAUGGCACAAUGCCCCAAAUGGGGUGAAACUACAAGAAGUACAGAGCAUCCAGGCGGUGUGAAUGUGAGAAAUGUGUCUAUUGUGUAGGUCAGUCCAGAUGUCUUUAUUCACCACCUUAUUUGCCUCUAUGAAGGUUUAUUCUGGUGGGCUCACUGCCCAACAGACCUGUAGUAAUGCUUGAUAUGUAAAUUAUGUAAUCUAAACUUGUUUUUGUACUUUCAGCUAUAAACAAUACUUAGUCCAGUUUUUGUCAUGCAAAAGAUGAGGCUUCUACCUUGUGUUGAAGUGUUAUGGAAGGUUUGUGCAUGGGGCUAAGCCUCUGUACACUACAACUCAAUAAAGUGCACAUGUCUGAG